GAAAGUAAAAAUCAACAAAAUUCACCACCAAUGAAAAAUUAGUCUUCCUUCAUUGAAUAUGAUGAUGAUGAUGAUCUGAUGUAAAAAAAAAAUCAUUCAUGGAAAAGAUCAUCCAUUCACUGAUCCUUAUUACAUCAUUUAUAUAAACUGAUGAUAUUUCCAUAAUUAUUUCAUUAAAAAAAUGAUCUAUACUAUUGAUUAUUUUAAUGAAUAUCAAGAUCAUUUCAACCAUUGAAUUAUUGAAAUAAACUUUAAUGAAACAAAAUAUUCAAGAUUGAAAGAAUCUAUUGAAAUAGAUCAUAUUCAAUUCAAUUUCUUUUUUUAUCCAUGACAGAACAAAUACCAUUUCAACGUACAUCUACCAUAAAACAUCGUAUUAGUAGAACUGGUUCAAUUGGACAAGAUAAUAAUAAUAAUAAUAAUACAAUUGGUAAUAUGAUAAUAACUAGUGGAAUAAAUAAUAGUGGAAUACAACAUCAACAAUCCAGUAUAAGAAGACCAUCAAUUAUGCAAAAAUAUAUGGGUGAAAUUGAAUUUACUGGAUUAAAUCAAACAGCUAGAUUUUGUAAAUUAAAUAGUGAUACACCAGAUUCUGUAUUACGUGAUAUUCUUAAACGUAAAUGGGGUUUAAAACCACCUACAUUAAUUAUAACUGUAUUUGGUACAGAUUUUGAAAAGAAACGUAAAUUAAAAAUGAUCUUUAAAAAAGGUUUAUGGAAAGCAGCUGAAAGUGGUUGUUGGAUUGUAACUGGUGGUUUUCAUUUAGGAGUAAUGAAGUUAACUGGUGAAGCUGUACGUGAUUACACCGAUGCAUAUGGUGGAAAUCGAAUGAUGGCAUUUGGUGUAGCAAGUUGGGAUUGUGUAACAAAAAAUGAAAUACUUGAAGCAGCUUUACAUGAGGGUACAGCAGUGUAUCAAUCUGAGGAAGAUGAAGAAGAAGAAGCUGAAGAUAGUGAACCAAUUUUAAUUGAUCCACUAUCACAAAGCGGUUUAAAAUCUGUUCGUAGUGAUAUUGAAGAACGUGCCUUAGAUCCUAAUCAUAAUUUUUUUGUUUUAGUUGAUGAUGGAACAACUGAUCAAUUAAAGGGUAAAGAAGCUGAAUUACGUGCAAGAUUUGAAAGAUGUAUAUCAUUAUGGAAUUGUGCAAGUAGUCCACAAGAACAAACAACAACUGCUACAAGUCCUCAAAGUGGACCUAUAAGUUCUACAACACAUUUACAACAACAACAACAGCAACAACCUCAAAAUGGUAUUUCUACACCAUCUAACAUCAAUAAUAAUGUAAACUCAGUAGGAUUACAAAGACAAGGUAGUACAAUGGGUGGACAAGUUAGUACAACAUCUGGUCCACAAACAAGUGCAACAUCAAUUGGUAAAAAUUCUGGUAUAACCGGUGGUUCUACUAGUAAUUCUGCUUUAAGUAAAGGUGCAAGUGAACCGAUAGUUAGUAAUCAACCUAUUUCAACUGUAUCAGUUACACGUGGAAUAAAAGAUAAACUUACUACUGAAUCAAGUCUUAAACCAGCAAAAAGUGGAAAAUCAGUUGGUAGUGAAGAAGAAAUUUUAGUUCCAAUGUGUGGAUUAGUUGUAGGUGGUGAUCGAUUUACAUUACGUCAAGUUUAUUGUUCAAUGAUUAGAAAUCGUUGUCCAAUUGUUGUUACAAAGGGUACAUCUGGUGCAGCGGAUGUAUUAGCAUUUGGAUUAGAUGCUGCAAAUAAAAUGGCAUCUGAAGAAGUUGUUGAUGAUAAAGAUCAAGUACCAUUAGAGGCUAGGCUUGAAUCAAUCAUUGAAGAAUUUCUUGGUGAUUUACAUCCAGAUUAUACAAAUUAUACAGAUGAAGUGAAUAUGUUAUGCGAAAUAAUCAAUGAUUAUACAAACUUAGUAUCAGUAUUUGAUAUGGAAGAAGAUUCUGAUUUGGAUGGAUAUGUAAUCUCUUCAUUGCUUGCCAGUGCUGGUACCACGGUUACAUCAGAUCAAAUUAAUUUAGAACAAUUAGAAAUUACUUUAACAUUAAAUCGUGCUGAUAUUGCACGUGAAAAAAUAUUUUUAGAAAAUAAAAAAUGGAAAAAAGGUCAAUUAAAUGAUUAUAUGUAUCAAGCAUUAAUGAGUGAUCGACAUGAUUUUGUUAAAUUAUUCUUAGAACAAGGUUUUAGUUUAGAAGAUUUUUUAACCAUCUAUAUGUUAGAAAAAUUAUAUACUGAUCAAUUAAAAAAUUUGAAUUCAAAAGUAGCAAUAUUCAAUAAAAUGUGGGAAUAUAAUCGAUCACAUCGAAAACUAGGCAGAACUGUAUCCAAAGAACACAAGACAUCGAAAGUGGCAUUACGUGAUGUUGGCAAAGUGAUUAAAGCAUUAGUUGGUGAUUUUUAUCAUCCACUUUAUUUAAGUAAAGAAUUUCAAGCGAAAUUAAUGCCGGAAAAAAGGCUAGAAGGAGCUGGAACACGAGCAAUAAUUCGACGAGGAGCUACAAGUGUUGAACCAGCUGAAAAGAAUCAUGAUGAUGGAGAUGACAAUGAUGAUGAUUACAAUGAUGAUGGUGAUGAUAGGGAAUAUAAAGUUGAUGAAUUAUAUGGAAAUAAUAUUGAUGGAUAUACAAUUAAUUCUAGAUUACCACGUAGUUCAACUACAAUGACAACAGUUAGUGGUGAACCAUUGAUUGCAUCAACUAUUUUACGUUCUAAUGAAAAAGGGAAUACAAUGGGUACAUCAACAAUAACACAUAUUGGAGGGAGUAGAUUACGAGAAGGAAAUAUUCCACAUCAAUAUCAUUCUAUAGAUCAAAUGAAUUCAUCACGUUCCCAUUCACGUAAUCCAAUGAUAACUAUAUAUGAUAAACAACAAAUAGAUGAUAUCACUGAUGAUAUAAAUAAUCAAUCUAAAAAAAGUAAAUAUUUAUCCGCUACUAGAAAUAAUGAUGGUAAUCGUAAUGGGCAUAGUAGUCGAAAUAAACAUGGUCGACGUUCAUCAUCUCAAACCAAUGAACAUGAUAUGUUGAUACCAGGUCAACCACUUAUAUAUAAUGCAACAGUUACUAAUGUUAGUCGAUCAGGCCAUGGUUCACGUGGUCCAUAUACAAGUCUUGGUCCAGGACAUUUCCGUAUAGCUGGAAGAGCGCCAUUAGCUUAUGAUACCACUUCUAUGGGAACAACAACUCCGAUUCAAUCACCAAAACCAGCUAUAAAUGAUACAUUACAAUUUUCAUUUGACAAUGAACAUGUACAACGUAAUUCUGUAUUGAUUUCUCCAAUUCAAAAUGAAAAAUCAACUAAACCGGUACUUUUUGAAGAUGAAGCAAAUAAUAAACCAUCUAGAUCAUGUUUCAUGUCAUGUAUACAAAAAAUUUCAUCAUUCUGUAGUCGAUUAUUCAGAUGUAAUACUGAUUCAAAGAAAUCAAACAAAGGCUUAAAUGUUAGUCAAGAACCGGCUGGUAUUAAAGGGCCUAAAGAAUUUGCCACUCUUCGUGCAAUGGCAGCAUUAGCUGCAGCGACAGCAGCAACAGCUGUAGCAGAUCCAACGAAAACUUCUCCAGGAGAUUUAUUAAUUCCAUCAAAUUUCUUUGAACCAGUUAAAAUGAUGCAUCUAGAUCAUCCUGACAUGGUUACAGAAGAUUAUGAAGAACAAACAAAAUCAAUUCAAUUGGAUCGUCCAGCUAGAGAACUAUUAAUUUGGUCUAUAUUAGUUGGUAAACUACGUAUGGCUGAAUUAUUUUGGACGAUGGAAAAAGAACCUAUCGCAGCUGCUCUAUUAGCUUCAAUUCUAUUGACAUCUUUAGGGAAUAAAACAGAUGAUUUUACUGAUAAAGAAGACUAUAGAAGCUUUGCAAAAAACUUUCAAGAACGUGCUGAAGGUGUCUUGAAUGAAUGUUAUCGUGAAGAUGAACAUAGAACACAAUUAAUUAUCAAUCAUGAAUUAAUUUAUUAUGGUCGUAGUUCAGUAAUUAAAUUAGCUGCUGAAGGUCAAAGUAUAAAAUUUAUGGCACAUCCAUGUUGUCAAGAUUUUCUUACAAAUACAUGGAGUGGUAAUUUAUCAACUAAGAAUAGUGUAUUUAGGUAUAUUAUGGGGGUUGUUUGUGGAUUGACAUUACCAUUUUUAAUACCAAAAGUUAUAUUAUCUAAGCCUAAAACAAUUCCAACUACAGAAGGAGAAGAAUCAAGUCCUACUUCUGAACAACAAGGAUCUACACAAAAUAAUCAUACUUUAAAAUAUGUUUUAACUGCAGAAGAUGCUGGUAAAAAAGGUGUUCGAAAAACAUUACAAGCUAGAACUUUGGAAUAUAUUUCACAGAUUCGUGACUUUUAUAUGGCACCAGUUGUUCGUUUUGUGUAUAAUACUAUUUCAUACAUCACAUUUCUCAUCUUAUUCAGUUAUUUAUUAUUAGUUGAUUUUCGAAUCAAUAUAACAGUCGUUGAAUAUGUUGUUAUUGCUUGGGUAAUUACAUUAUUUAUAGAAGAAAUUAAACAGAUUGCAUGGGCUGUAUUAUCUGGUAUUAGUUUUAGAACUUAUAUAUCUGAUGGAUGGAAUAAAUUAGAUUGUGCUGGUUUAGCAUUAUAUAUUGUUGGUUUUAUAUUAAGAUUAAUUGUAUUAUUACGAUUACGUGGUCAUGAAGGAGAGAAUUUUAAUAUACAAUAUGAACGUUAUUAUAUUGUGACAGAUCCAAUAUUAGAUCCAUCACGUAUAUGUCUUGCAAUUAGUUUAUUCACAUUCUAUAUACGUUUAAUGUAUACAUUUAGUUUUCAUAUUGCAUUAGGACCAAAAUUAAUUAUGAUUGGUAAAAUGGUGACCAAUGAUUUAAUUCCAUUUAUGAUUAUUUUAACUGUGAUUAUGGUUGGUUAUGCAGUGGCUGCACAAUCAAUCGCCUAUCCAAAUGGUUUAUUUACCAAAGAGAAUAUGACAUUAAAUUCUGAAAUUAAACAUAUGACAUUUGCUGAUAUUAUAUUUUCAAUGUAUACAACCGCAUAUUUUCAAAUGUUUGGUGAUUUUAGUUUAGAUGCAUUACAAGGAGAAGAUCGAACAUGUCAAAAUCAUAUGUGCCCUACGAAAACAUCACGUUGGCUUGUACCUAUUAUGCUUGGAUUCUAUGUAUUAUUAACUAAUAUACUGAUGUUCAACUUACUUAUUGCCAUGUUUUCUAAAACCUACGAAGAAAUAGAGAGUGCAUCAACAUACUAUUGGAAUUAUCAAAGAUAUCAAAUGAUCAAUGAUUAUGUUCAUAGAUCACCACUUGCUCCACCAAUUAUCAUUGUUUGGCAUUUCUAUGAAGCAUAUAAAGCUAUUGGAAAUCAAUGCGCAAGUUUAAGAAAUGCUGAAACAGCAAAAUAUAAUCCAUUUUGUGUACGAUUUACCGAUGUGAAAAAAGAAAGAGAAAUGGUCAAAUGGGAGCAUAUGAAAGCUAUGGAUUAUUUAAGAGAACCAUCAACUAAAGCAACUGGGAAAAGAGGUGUAGCUGAAUCACGUGCUGUGGUAUUUCGUGGUGGUGGAGGUGUUGGUCCUGGUCAAGGACCAGUAAUGGAUUUAAAAAGUGAAAUGUCCAGCGUUACAGAGGGUAUUGGAAUGGAAUUAGAAAAACGUUUCAAAGAGAUUGAUAAUCAAUUUCAACGUUUUAAUGAUGUCGAUUCACGUUUGAAUGAUGUAACACAAUUAUUAACAAAUUUAUCUGAAGUAAUCAGUAAUGUGACUGAAACACAACAACGAAUUAUUCGACAAAUAAAUGAACUUCCUACUUGUCAAUGUAAUGAAUUCACUGAUGAGGUUGUUCCUGUACAAAAAUCCACUACAACUCAAGCUGAUUCAGGAACAGCAGAAACUAGAAAACGUACAAAACUAGAAGUAGCUAUUCAAUCUGCAUUAGAAGCAGCUAAAGAUGUACUACGACCACCAACACCACCACCACCACCGCCACCACCUCCUCCACCUCCAAGGGAAUCACCUGUUCUAUUAGCUGCUGUUGUUCCUGGAUCCGAAGAUGAUUCAAGUGGUUCAGAAGAAGGUGGUGAUCCUUCAGCUGAUCCAGUCAUAGUACCUCAAGUUCCAGAUAUUAAAACUGGAAGAGUUAUUGAAAGAACAUUAGGUGAUCAUCGAUUAUGGAGAAUGGCUCCAUUUAAUUUUGAAAAAUAUCCUGGUAUGAGAAUGAAUGUACCACCGGAACGAAUGGCAUGGACUGUGGAAUAUCCGGAUUACUUUGCAUAUGAUGCUUGUGAAGAAGUUUUAUUAUUCCCAUCAGAAGAAUCACAUGAUGGUGUUAAUUUUACCCAUGGAAACAUCGUAUUUACUUUUCAACAUAGUGAACAUCUACGUACAAUCAAUUUUAAUCAAUAUGAUUCUAAAGCUAAAUUACGUAGACAAAGUUUACUUGGUCGUUAUCGUUUAGAUUCAACAACAGGUGCACCAUUAAAUCCAAUGGGUAGAACAGGUUUAUUAGGUAAAGGAUUAUUACCACGUUGGGGUCCAAAUCAUUCAUUUGUAUUAUGUAUUACAAGAUGGACAAGAGAUACACGUACUGGUGUACAAGUAAUAAGAAGUAAUCGUGGUGUAUUACAAUAUUUGGCAUUAGAACGUAAUAAGAGAUUAUGUAUGCCAUGGUAUUUAACAGAUCAUACAAACAAAUGUGAUUUUGAUGAAUGUGUACCAAAGAUUAUAAGCAGUUUAGUGACUCGUCGAGGACGUGCUAUACUUCCAGAGAAAAGAGUUGAAAGAUUAUUGAAACGUAUUGAAAAAGCUGAAGUUACACAGAUUUUCAAAGGUUACUUAGAUGAUCAGUUAAAUGCUGAUAGUGCAUGGAUGGAAACUGUUGUGAUUAAUUUACAUGAAUCUGAGAGUAAAGGAGCUCAACUACCAGAUGACAUAUUAAAGUUACUCAAUGAACCUGGUACAGAAGAACAAUGUAAAUGGGUUGAAGUAUCACAUAGUAGUAAUCUACGUACAAGUCAUAAUUAUAUACUUAAGAAUGUUGCAGAACUUCGUAGAGCAUUCUAUUAAUUCAAAAUACUUCAAAGAUAAUGAACUCAUUCAUCUUACUUAUUUAUUACAUUAAACACAAAUGAAAAUGUUGACUGUAUUCUUAAAAUUUACAAACAGUAUUCAAUUCAUUUAAUGAAUAACUCAAUCAACUUUAUGAACAAAAGAUGGUCUUCAUUUGUUUGUUUGUUUAUUUCGUUUUCCUGGAAUUUCCAUGAUCCAAUCAAGUUUACUAUUGUCCAUUUUAUAAAGAGAAAUGUAUUAUUUCUUUAAUGUUUUAGUCACUGUAUGUUGUUUUGUUUUCAACAAUAUCAAAAAGAUGUACUAAUUUCAAUAAUAACAAUAAUAAUAAGUGA